GGUGCCAUAAGGUGCCACAAGUACUUUCUUUCCUUUUUAUUGAUGCCUUGGGAAUUUUUAUUGCAAAAACUUAGGUGCCAAGUGAGUUUAGGGCUUGAUGGCUGCUGAUUGGAUGUUUUGGGAAUCCCAGUGGGGCCUCAUGCUAAAAUUUAGGCAAUGGAAGUGAUAGUUAAGUGCCUAAGUCCUUUUGUGAAUCUAGCCAUACAAGUUCAAUAUUCUCUGGUAACCAUUUUGCAACCCAGAAACAGGUGUCACCAUAACACCUUCCUUGGAAAGCCAAUUAACAGUUGAAAUCCUAGCUUGGAUUAUUAUGAUCAAUAAUACCAUAAGCCUUAAUCAUGCUGACACUGAUGUUGGAAGCUUACCCAAGGUGGCACUUUAUAAAGGCUGCAGUACUGAGAAUAGUAUAGCCAGCUUCUGCUCAAAUGUUAAUAAGGAGGUGAAUUUCAAGAGGGGAGCCUCAAAGGAAGCAAAACUUACUUGUAAGACCAAAAAUACCUCUGGAACUGCAACCAUGAAUGGAACAGAGGGGCCAAAUUUCUAUGUGCCCAUGUCCAACAAGACAGGGAUAGUACGGAAUCCAUUUGAGUAUCCUCAGUACUACCUAGCUGACCCGUGGAAGUUCUCUGUACUGUCUGCUUACAUGUUUCUGCUGAUUCUUCUUGGCUUCCCUGUCAACUUCCUGACUCUGUAUGUCACCAUCCAACACAAGAAACUCCGGACACCCCUCAACUACAUCCUUUUGAACCUGGCCUUUGCUAACCUCUUCAUGGUCUUUGGAGGAUUCACCACCACCAUGUACACCUCAAUGCAUGGCUAUUUUAUCUUUGGGACAACUGGCUGCAACAUUGAAGGCUUCUUUGCUACACUGGGUGGUGAAAUAGCUCUGUGGUCCCUAGUCGUCUUGGCCAUUGAAAGAUAUGUGGUGGUCUGCAAGCCCAUGAGCAACUUCCGAUUUAGUGAGACCCAUGCCCUCAUGGGUAUCAUUUUCACCUGGGUCAUGGCCCUGGCCUGUUCUGCUCCUCCAUUGUUUGGAUGGUCUAGGUACAUCCCAGAGGGCUUGCAGUGCUCAUGUGGAAUUGAUUAUUACACUCUGAAACCUGAGGUCCACAAUGAAUCUUUUGUCGUCUACAUGUUUGUGGUUCAUUUCCUCAUUCCAUUGAUCAUCAUUUCCUUCUGUUAUGGGCGCCUGGUUUGCACUGUUAAAGAGGCUGCAGCUCAGCAACAGGAAUCAGCCACCACUCAGAAAGCUGAGAGAGAAGUUACUCGCAUGGUCAUCAUCAUGGUUAUUGCGUUCCUCAUUUGCUGGGUCCCCUAUGCCAGCGUCGCUUUCCACAUUUUCACCCACCAGGGAUCUGACUUUGGCCCUGUCUUCAUGACCAUCCCAGCUUUCUUUGCCAAGAGCUCUGCUAUCUACAACCCAGUGAUUUACAUUGUAAUGAACAAACAGUUCCGUAACUGCAUGAUCACCACCAUUUGCUGUGGAAAGAACCUGCUCGGUGACGACGACGCUUCUGCUGGCACCAGGACAGAGACUUCCUCAGUCUCCACCAGCCAGGUUUCUCCUGCAUAGAUUCCUCAUGGAAGCUGCUGAUCUCAGAGCUGGCAUGCCUUGUCAGCAAGGAUGCGCAAGUCCCAUUUGCAUGCAUGUAGUCGUGUCCACCAUCACCACCGCCUGCAUGUGAUUCACAGUUAACCCAGCAGAAUGGACUUUUCAGUUCUGAUAAUAGAAAUCAUUUGAACAAGUUUGUACAUAUUUUUUUUAAUUAAAUACAAAGGGCUAGCUCCUCAGCUGGUGUAAAUGUGUGUAUACCCAUUGACUUGUAUAGCGUUAUCCCCAUUUACACUGACCAAACAUCUGGGUCACGAUCCUUAGCUUCAUACAGAGGGGCGAAUGUUCUCCUUUCACAGAAUGGAAAAGAUGAGUAAGGCUGCAGCCUUGUGGAUUCAUCCCUACCAUGGCAUCUGUUCUGGAUGCGAACCACAGGGGCCAUGGUUAGGAAAGCCCAUAGUAAAGAGCCAAGAUACAGCAAUCUAGCAGGGGAUGAGGUAUACCCGUGUUACAAAGCUGGGAUCAGUGGGGGUGCAUGAAACCUAGUGACCACUGGCUAGGGUUGCCACCUCUCCGGGUUUUUACCUGGACAAUCUGAUUUUUGGCUUCUGUGUCCAGGUGCCAUAUAGAAUUGCCAGGUGCCCGGUUUUUGACUGGAAAGUCCAGUCAAAAAGGGGACCAGGCAGUGUCUGGUCAGAUGUACUGACCAGACACCACAAAUCUGGUUACCGCAAGGCAGGGGAAAGCACAUGGUCAUUAACCCACACCAGCUCCUGCUCAGCUGGGGCCAUCUCCUACCUCCAGGAGGCUCCUUGUCAGGUUGCUGCAGCUCCCGUCCCAGCCUUAGAGAAGAGGGAGCCCAGCUGGGGUAGA